AUGUCGGCGCUCAGCCUUUGCACGCCCCGGCUGGGGAAAGGCGCGGGGAUCAAAGGCGCGGGGAUCCAAGGCUCCGGAGACGAGGGAGAGGUGCUGCAGCGACGGGAGGAGCGCGAGGAGGAGCGACACCGUCUCCCACGUGAUGGCGUUGGACCAGAGCGAGAGCGCCGUGAGGGAGGAGGGAGACGAGGCGGGGGAGGAGGCGGGCGGGGAGGCGGGGGAGGAGGCGGGGGAGGAGGCGCGAGCGGAGGCGGAGAGGGAGGAGGGACAGAAGCAGUAGGAGGAGGAGGAGGAACGGAAGGAGGUGGGGGAGGAACGGCGCGAGGGGGAGGAGGAAGGGGGGCAGAGGCAUGCGGAGGGGGUGGCGGAGGAGGGGGGGGAGGAGGCGGGAGGGAAGGGGGAGAGGGAGGAGGGACAGAAGCAGCAGGAGGAGGAACGGAAAGAGGUGGGGGAGGAGGCAGGGGAGGAGGCGGGAAGGAAGGAGGAGAGGGAGGAGGGACAGAAGCAGUAGGAGGAACGGAAGGAGGUGAGCGGAAGGAGGAGGAGGAGGAGGAGGAGGAGGAGGAGGAGGAGGAGGAGGAGGAGGAGGAGGAGGAGGAGGAGGAGGAGGAGGAGGAGGGGGCGCAGGGGCACGCGGAAGUGGCGGAGGGGGUGGCGGAAGGGGGAUGUUGGAAGAUCCGGCAAGCUCAGAAUGAAGGCCGUCCGCGUGCCCCCACACGCGAUCAUGACUCGGCCUUGUUAUCUCCUGAUCACCACACGCGCGGCUAG